GUUGCCCGUUGGUGGAGCAACUAUGCCAGAACUCGAGUCCCUACAAACCCUUUGAACUCUGCGCCUGCGGAAAUUCAAUAUAAAUAAUUUACCCCCACCAAAUUUCGCGCGAAUUUCGAAGAAUACGUGAGUGAAAAAGGAUUCAGUUUUCCAACGAUACUCAGUGAUACAGUGGAUAGUGGAACCAGGUGAUUCAGCGGGGUUGCCAGGUUGCACCAGGUGAACGUCAAAGCGUGCCUCUUACCUGAAAUCGUGUCGCAGGUUUGACCGUGCGCGCAACGUGUCAGGUCACUCGAAUCGAAAAAUAUUUUUAUUCCAUGACCCGCUUUUCAGUCUGUUUCGUGAAACAACUACUACCAGCAUUCCAAAAAAGUAACGGUCUCCUUUGAAAUUCAAGGUACAGGUACAUGGGAGAAAAGCCGUUGCACACAAACUUUCGCCAAUCCUUGAUUCCGGGAUUUAAUUAUCAAUUGGCCUCACGCUUGUUUUUUCGCCAAUCAGCACUCUCAAAUGAAACUGAUGCGAGUACACGUGUAGCGUCGAAGGUGAAAACAAUCCGCGAUCCGAAGCGUUUCGCAACGCAACAAGUGGUUUUCAAACGCGGGAAAGAGAAGGAAAGCCAUUCCAUUUUCUAAGCUCGAUGACAAUGGGAUUGUCUGUCAAAAGUAUUUCUGUUGUGAAGGAGGGUACGAUCUUAAGGUUCGAAGGGCCCCGUCGAGUGGUAAAGAAAUAAUGCGCCGUUGCCAGGUGUGUCGUGGGCGACGGUAAGGGCUCACAAUAAGGAACUUAAAAAGGAAGAAGUGAAGAAAAGAAAACAAGGGAGAAAAGUUUUAUGUACAAAUCUACAGAUAGGAAAACUAUGGCGAUUUGUGAAAUGUGGAAAGUGGUCGGAUUUUCGACAGCGUCUAGUGUUAAUAGUUAAAAUAGUGGUUGUGAAUUAGUUAAAAAAAAAAGCUUGGCAGGACGUUGACAACUGCCAAGCACAAUGGAGGAACCGUGUCGGCGUUUUAAGGCAGGAUUGUCGAUUGUUUUUAGCAAAAUAACUUUAGUGUUUUUUCUGAUGGCACUCGUCCUAGGAAGCGCUUGGAGCACAGAAUCGCUCCAAGAGCCUCGGUUCGUAACACAUCCAUCGAGUAGUGGGAAAUUUAGUCCCGAAAACCGAACAAAAAUUUUACAGUGCCAAGCACGAGGUCAUCCGCAGCCUCGAUACAGGUGGUUCAAAGAUGGAAAACCUUUGACGAAUGAACUCACUUCUGAACCAUAUUAUCGAAUUAACAUAACGAAGAGAGAAGACACUGGAGUUUAUUACUGUGUAGCAACGAACGAAGUUGGCUCGAUAUUCAGCGAGCGGAUUUCCUUUUCUGUUGCCUAUAUGGGAAUAUUUGAAGACUUGACAGAGAUUCCAGUGACAGUAGAAUCAGGAAAUGCUGCAAUUUUAGAACUAUCUCCAAUCGAAAGCCAUCCAGCUCCUGAAGUCAGUUGGUCGAGUUCCGAUGGCACGAUACCGUACACUAUAAAAUACGCAACUGCUCAACAGAUGUUGAUCAUUCUCAACGCGUCUGAGGACGAUGAAGGAUCUUAUAGAGCGAAGGCUAUUAACACUCAAGUAGCAAAGGAAGAAAUUAGUCCCUUCUUCAAGCUCAAAGUUACUGGCGAUCCAAAUACCGAAGUUGCUCCAACAAUAAUCGUUAGGCCACAAGACACAAAAAUUAUCAAAGACCAGGGAACUUAUCUUCACUGCAUUGCCAACUCUAGGUACCUUCACGAGUUGAGAACUUUAUGGACGAAAGACGACAUUCCGAUCGAAAACACUAGAAUAUCGUACCAAUUCGACGAUUUAUGGAACCGAACUUUGAUCCUUAAAUCCGCGAAUUUAACUUUCACGGGAGUUUACGCUUGUCAUGUGGAUUUAAGAAGUGGAGGAUUUCCUACAAUUGUUGCCAACGCGAGUAUAGAAGUUUAUGAAAAACCCUCGUUCGUCAAUGAACUGAAACGAGAGACUCUUAGCGAAUAUGGAUCGACGGUCACCUUACCCUGCGAAGCCGAAGGAGUUCCUUUGCCAAAAAUUAGCUGGUAUCGAAAUGCGGAAUCUGUCGAGUAUUUACUUGGGACGAGGUACCACUUAGAAGAAGACGGUUCUCUAACAAUCAAGAAACUAACAAUGGAAGAUUCCGGAAUGUUUCAGUGUCUCGCUUCCAACGAAGCUGGGGAGGCUUCCAGCUACACAUGGAUCCGCGCCAAAAAAAGCCCAAGAGCAGAAACAGAAAUCGCAAAGAGGAACAGAGUGGGCCGAUGGGCGGCUGGCUAUAAUGUAGUCAGAGUUCGCCAGUCUGAUCGCCGCUUUAUGUUUUCUCAAUAUCCAGACACUUCGAUUCCUGUCAUGGAAUUAGGACCUCAAAAUGCAACUGUUCUGGACGGAAAGGACGCGACGAUUACCUGCCGGGCGAUCGCAGCGCCAGUUCCUAAUAUUACUUGGAUUUAUAAUGAUUCUUUCCCAGUCGAAAUUGCAGGACGAGUUCAACUUUUAGAUAAUGGAGAUCUACUCAUUGCUGCCGUGAAAUCCAAUGACGUCGGAAAAUAUACUUGCAUUCGAGCCAAUGAAGCCGGAUCUGUAAACGGAUCUGCCUAUUUAUCAGUACUUGUACGGACUCGAAUUAUUCAACCACCAGCCGAUAUUACUGUGACUCUUGGAUACACGGCCGAACUUCAGUGUAAGAUUUCCAACGACCCAAGUGUCAAAUUCGAUGUUGCUUGGUUCCACAAUUCUCAAGUAAUCAACACAAAAUCGAGCCAACGAGUAAAAAUGCGAGAGGAUGGAACCCUAGAAAUUGGUGCAGUGCGAGCUUCAGACGUGGGCGAGUACACUUGUUCCGUUGUCUCUCCAGGAGGAAACGAAACUCGAACUGCUCGUUUAAGUGUGAUCGAAUUACCUUUCGCUCCAAUCAAUGUAGUUGCUCGAAGGGCUGAGCAAAUUUCUCUCAGAACGAUCAACGUCACCUGGGUUCCUGGCUUCGAUGGCAAUAGUCAAAUUAAAAGAUACAGUGUCCAGAGGUGCGAAGUUCCUGAAUUGGGACCAAUUCCAGAUCUUUCUCCAAACUGGGUUCGAGAGCUGAACAAUAUUUCCGCUCAGACUAAGUGGGUUUUGCUGAGUAAUCUAAAAGCUGCCGCAGCUUAUCAAUUUCGGGUCAGUGCUGAAAAUGACGUGGGUGAAGGACCUUUUUCGGAACCGAGCAAUGUUGUUGUUCUUCCUCAAGAGCCUCCAUCGGGACCGCCUUCAGGUUUUGUGGGAUCAGCUCGAUCCUCCUCAGAAAUAAUAACGCAGUGGAACCUCCCAGCUGAAGAACACAGAAACGGUCACAUUCUGGGUUUCGUUCUCCGCUACAAACUCUACGGCUACAAUGUAACACCCUGGAUGAUUCAGAAUAUCACAAACCAGGAACAACGCAACUUCCUAAUCACAGAUCUCAUCACUUGGAAAGACUAUGACGUUCAAAUUGCUGCUUAUAAUGACAAAGGCGUUGGAGUUUUCACCGAGAGUUUGAAAAUUAAAACUAAAGAAGGCGUGCCAGAAGCGCCACCUACAAAUAUACGUGUGAAGGCGGUGAAUUCGACAUCAGUCAGUGUAAGUUGGAAGCCUCCCAAUCCACAAAAGAUAAAUGGAAUCAACCAGGGAUACAAAUUGCAAGCCUGGAUUGGAGGGAAUUUCAGUGAAGAGAAUGAAUACAAGUCAAUUACAGUCGCGCCGAAUUUGUUUAAUCCGCUGGCGGAGCAAAGCGCUCUGAUUAACGGAUUGAAAAAAUAUACGAGUUAUAAUAUCACUGUCUUGUGUUUUACGAAUCCGGGAGAUGGGGAGAGGAGUGUUGCUGUUGAAGUUCGCACAAGUGAAGAUGUUCCUGGGGAAGUCGAGAACCUCCAGUUUCUAAACAUUAGCGAUCGGGCUCUAACCGUCAAAUGGAAUCCGCCCCGUGAAAUCAAUGGAAUUCUCACUGCUUAUCAACUAAAAUACAUGAUCAAAGAUUUGCCCGAAUCCCUUAAAGUCGAAAACUUAACCGCCGAGAUUCAUUCUGUGAAGGUUGAACAUCUCCAGGCUACAACGCACUACAGAUUUGAAAUCGUUGCCUGGACUUCAAAAGGACCUGGAAAAUCAAGCAUAGCUGUUAUUCAAUCUGGAAUUGAACCCGUUUUGCCCGAACCUCCAACAAAACUUGCAUUAUCGAAUAUCGAUGCCUUUUCUGUUGUUCUUCAAUUCACGCCUGGUUUCAAUGGGAAUGCUUCGAUUACGAAAUGGACAAUCCAGGCACAAACUACUCGGAACACAACUUGGUACACGAUAGACGAAAUUUCAGAUCCUGAUUAUGAUACAAACACGAUUAAAGUUCAGCGUUUGACUCCAUUUAUGCAAUAUAAAUUAAGAUUGAUUGCAAAUAAUGUAGUUGGAUCUUCGGCACCUUCGGAACCGACGAAACAAUUUCAAACAAUUCAAGCACCGCCUUCUCAUCCUCCAAGAAAUGUUACUGUUCGAGCAAUGAGCGCGACGGAUUUGCGAGUUCGCUGGAUUCCAUUGCAGCAGGUCGAAUGGUAUGGAAAUCCGAGAGGAUACAACGUCACCUAUACAGAAUUAAGGACAAACAAAUCGAAAAGCAUCAGCAUCGAAGAUCACACUGCUAAUUCCUACGUUCUUGAAAAUAUGGAAGAAUUUGCUCUGUAUGAAGUCGUGAUGCAGGCCUUUAAUGAUGUCGGAUCUUCUUCUUCCAGUCCAAAAGCUGUCGAAAGAACUCGAGAGUCAGUUCCUUCCCUCGGGCCGAUUAAUGUGGAGGCAAACGCCACAUCCUCAACUACAAUUGUUGUGAAAUGGGGAGACGUUCCGAUCGAACAUCAAAACGGACAGAUCGAGGGUUUCAAGGUUUACUAUGGAGCCAAUAGCAGAUCGCCGUUCCAGUACAAAAAUAUUCCGAGUAACAGUACCUUCACAACGACCUUGACGGAACUUAGAAAGUAUGUGCAGUAUCAUAUCCAGGUUCUGGCCUUUACAAGAUUAGGCGAUGGAGCUUUAAGUGUUCCUCCAGUUCGUGUCCAAACCUUUGAAGACGUUCCGGGACCGCCAUCCAAUGUCUCUUUCCCAGACGUUUCUUUUUCGACUGCGAGAAUAAUUUGGGACACGCCUGACGAUCCAAACGGAGAGAUUCUCGCUUACAAGGUCAUGUUUCAUUUGAACAAUACUCAGGAGAAACAUUUUGCCAAAGAAUUCCCAGCAUCUGAGCGAACCUUCAGGGCGACGGGACUAGAAGCAGAGAAAUACUACAUGUUUUCGGUGACGGCGCAAACGAGAUUAGGUUGGGGAAAAACAGCUUAUGCUUUGGUUCUCACGACUAAUAAUAGGGAACGUCCUCAGCCACCUUCGAUGCCACAAGUCAGCAGAUCACAAGUUCAAAGUCGACAGAUUACGUUUAACUGGAUUCCUGGUCGUGAUGGUUUCGCUCCUCUUAGAUACUACACCAUUCAGCAGUCUGAGAACUCUGGACCGUUUCAAACAAUACCGGAAAGAGUGAAUCCCUCCCUGACUUCUUACACGGCCAACAGUUUGAAGCCCUACACUUAUUAUCAGUUCAGAAUUCAAGCUACAAACGACAUUGGACCUUCUUCUUGGAGUACGGAGUCGAGUCAGGUUCAAACUUUGCCAACUGCUCCUUCGAAAGGCGUCACCGGAUUAAAAGUGGUACCAAUAACAACAACAAGUGUCGAGGUUUACUGGAACAUGAUCGAAGAAGUUUACUGGAGUGGAGAUCACGAAACUGGAGGCUACAGAGUUAUUUAUCAACCAGUUUCUGAUUUCCCGACUGCACUUCAGGCUACUCCCAAAGAGGAGGUCAUGGGUAUCAAGAAAACUAAAAUGGUACUUAGUGACUUGACAGAGGAUAAAAAUUAUGAGAUCAUCGUUGUGCCCUUUAAUUCUGAGGGUGAAGGUCCUCCGAGUCCCCCGGUUACUGUUUACGUCGGUGAAGCCGUUCCUACAGGAGAACCUCAGUAUUUAAAAGCUGAAUCGAUUUCAUCAACGGAAGUUCUUUUGCAGUGGAAAGCACCUCAGGCCAAUAUGCAAAAUGGAGAUUUGUUGGGAUACAAAAUUUUCUAUCUCGUCACUGAUUCGCCACAACACCUUGAAGGCAAACAAGAAGAGGAAAUAGAAGUCGUUCCUGCGUCCUAUUUAACUCACAGCCUAGUUUUUCUCGAUAAAUACACCCAGUAUCGAAUCCAAGUCCUCGCUUUUAAUCCCGCGGGUGAUGGACCAAGAACUCCUGCGAUUACUGUCAGAACCAAACAAGAUAUUCCAGGACCUUGCCAUAAUCUGCAGUUCACCGAAAUCACAAUGACGAGUCUCAGGGUUUCCUGGGAUCCACCUAAAUCGCGAAACGGCGAUAUAAUUGGCUACGUUGUCACUUAUGAAACAGCCGAACAAAACGAUCGUUUUAGCAAACAGGUGAAGCAAAAAGUAACAGAAACGAGUUUGCUGGUUCAACCUUUGGAGGAAGAAGUGACUUAUACUUUUGCAGUGAGAGCCCAGACGAUUGAUUUUGGGCCUCCAAUUUCCGGAAAUGUAACUACUGGACCUCAGGAAGGAUCUCCGAUGGUUCCAAGCGAUCUUGCGGUCCAGAAAACAGUUUCAAGUGUCGAUCUGCGGUGGACGAAUGGAGCUUCUGGAAAGGGUCCGAUUUUGGGUUACUACAUCGAAACCAGACGAAAAGCAUCGGAAGAGUGGCAGCAUUAUGACACGAGAUGGCAGACGAUCGUGAGAAGCAACAGCGGUCCUUUGACGGAGUACACUGUUUCUUAUCAAAAUUUACUGCCUUCUACUUCUUACUUAUUCAGGGUGAUUACCUACAAUCGAUACGGAAUCAGUUAUCCUGCUUAUUCCAGUGAAACGAUUUUGACGCCCUCGAAAUUGUAUCUUGAGUACGCAUAUUUGCAACAUAGACCGUUUUACCGACAAACUUGGUUUAUGGUGUCUUUGGCUGCAGGUUCAGUUAUCAUUAUCGUCAUGGUGAUCGCAGUUCUUUGCGUCAAAAGCAAAAGCUACAAAUACAAACAAGAGGCGCAGAAAGUUUUAGAAGAAUCAAUGGCGAUGGACAUUGAUGACAGACAGUCAUCUGAUCUCGAACUCUACAGAUCGAGGCAAACUGGGGGCACAAUGAAUAUAGGAAACGGUUGUGGCACUUUAGGAAAAAGGGGAACUCUUUCGAGAAAAGCGAUGCAUCCUCCUCCUCCAACCUUAUAUGGAAAAUCGCCGCCAAGACCUUCUCCUGCCUCGGUCGCUUAUCACAGCGAUGAAGAGAGUCUCAAGGGCUAUGACGAAAAUCCAGACGAUAGUAGUGUCACGGAGAAACCGUCGGAAAUCAGUUCUACAGACUCUCAGGCUUCUGAGAGUGAAAACGAGUCGGUACAGUCGGACCCGCACUCGUUCGUGAAUCACUACGCCAAUGUGAAUGACUCCUUGCGUCAAUCCUGGAAGCGCCAAAAACCAGUGCGAAAUUAUUCUUCCUACACAGACUCCGAGCCAGAAGGAAGCGCCGUCGUCAGUCUUAACGGCGGUCAGAUCAUCAUGAACAAUAUGGCGAGAUCCAGAGCUCCACUUCCUGGUUUCUCGUCCUUCGUAUGAUCCGAAACUGGCAUUCCAGAGUGCCCCUUUUUAUUGUGAUAUAUCGUUAACUCCGAUUUAUUUAUAAACUCCGCGAUAGUUAGAUUCAAAGUAUUAGACGAGUGACUCUUCUUUUUUCUUUCCAAGUCAAGUCGCUGAGAAGAAAACGACGCAGUCGAAAUUUAUAACUUUAUCAAUUGUUUUUUUUUUCUUCUUUUUAUGCGCCAGAACUAGUAAGUCUCCAAAUGUUUAAUCUUCCAGCUUGAAGCCAAUUCUCAAAGGAAACUUUAAAUUGAGAAACCCUCUUUACUCGGAAGCGUUAAAAUUUGGAGGUCCUUGAACUUUCAGUUGUUCAAAUCGAUCAAAUAAUUUAAUUUAAGGUGUUACUCCUCGUGAUUUUUAUUUCUGUGAUCCGAGGCGCAUUUUGAUGUUUCAGUUUCAAUUCAAACUGAAUCCGAUUGCAUGGCAAUAAUAAAAAUAAUGAUAAUAUCAUUAAUAAUAAUAAGAAUACAAUUUGAGGGUAGCAACUACCCUGCACUUUGAUCUCCAACCUUUUGAUAAAAAGGCCUUUUGAUAUCGAAGAUUGUAGAAUUUUUGUACCUAGUGAGUAAAAGAAAUUAGAAUUUUGUACUUUUUUCGACUUUUUUACUUUCAUUAAUCGAUUAUCGACGCGUGUCAUAUUGUGAAUAAUUAAAUAGGAAUUUAGGACCAACGCGAGGGUAAUAGAAAAAGGCUGAUUUAAUUAAAUAAUUAGAUUAAAUAAAUAAUCACGAUUAUUGAAUAAGUUGAGAUGAUAAGUAAAGACGAUUAAUAGAGAAGAUUUACGAGAGUUACGUAUACGAUUUACGAGAGUUACGUAUACGAACAUAUAAAAAAAAGGAUAGAUAGCCGAAUAUUCUUGUUCUUGAGGAAUAUUGAGACUGAGGAACAGUUUCUGAAUAAAUUCAGAGUAAAUCAUCAUAUCAGCUUUAUCGUCGACGCUGAGAGGUCGAUUGGCUCUUUGUAUGAUAUUGUAACUAGUUAGCUAGUUUGUAGAUUUAUCGAUUCAUAGAAAUAUUAUAGAGCUCGUUCAGCUAUCAGCUGGGAACUUGUAUUUUUGCGUCCACCGUUCCGAGUUUUCUCUUCGUUUAAUUAUUAUGAGGUUAGUGAUCAGCAAAAUACACAAAUGUGUCCGAAAUGCACUGGCAGCGUACUUUUUUAAGUUUAAAUUUUUUGUUUUAUUUAUAUAUCUAACGAUAGAGGAAUUCACGAAACGAUUUACAGCGCAUUUGUAUCUCAAAAACUGUUUUUAGACGCAUAUUUAGAUUUUUAAUAAAAAA